AUGUGAAUAUGUAAACAUGGCCGACGACAAUAACUCUUACGAACUACAUGAAAGUGUCUUUAAUGGCGAUAUCCGAAGAGUAUCUGCGCUAAUACGAACUUGUGAUGUUGGCAAAAAGGAUAAGCAUGGAAAUACACCUCUCCACCUGGCUGUCAUGUUGGGGCAUAAAGAAUGUAUACAUCUCCUUCUGGCGCAUGGAGCACCAGUAAAGGUCAAAAAUUGCAAUGGCUGGAGUCCCUUAGCAGAAGCCAUCAGUUUUGGUGACAGACAAACUAUUUCUGUGUUAUUACGAAAAUUAAAGCUACAGUCCAGAGAGCACAUGGAGACUCGGAGACCAGACUUAGUCCGAGCUUUAGCCCAGAUGGGGGAUUUUUACAUGGAACUCAAAUGGGAUUUUCAGAGUUGGGUACCACUUGUGUCCAGAAUGCUUCCGUCCGAUAUAUGUAAGAUUCACAAAAAGGGAGCGUCUAUUCGCUUAGACACAACAUUGGUGGAUUUUAAUGACAUGCGCUGGGAGAGAGGGGACAUCAGCUUUCUGUUUACUGGAAGUUCAAAACCUUCACAUUCCCUGACAGUUCUUGACAACAAACUAAGAGUCUACCAAGGAGUUAGACAUGAGGAAACAGAAGCAGAAAUAGAGGAUGAGGUGGAUAUCCUUAUGAGCUCAGACAUAGUAGCUGCACAGAUGUCUACAAAACAAAUAACUUUUUCUAGAGCACAGACAGGCUGGAUAUUCAGAGCAGAUAAGAAGGAAAUGGUUGGCAAGUUUAAUGCUGAUUUCUACUAUUUAAAUGGAUUAACUCUUGAGUCUCGCAAACGAAGAGAACACCUUAGCGAGGAGGAUUUACAGAAGAAUAAAGCUAUUGUGGAAAGCUUCACAAAGGGAGGUGGAGCACAUUCUUUUGAUGAGUCAGUACGUAGAGCUUCGUUAGAACCACCAAGCACCGAGCCAGUAUCCUGGGAGACCUAUAUUGAAGCAGAAACCGGGAAGCCUCCUCCACUUGGUCGGACACUCAUAUGUAAAGAGUCUUCUAAAUCAUUUAAAGCAACUGUAGCAAUGAGUGAAGAAUUUCCAUUAACUGUAGAGAUGCUGUUAAAUGUUCUUGAAGUAAUAGCCCCCUUCAAGCACUUUGCAAAGCUACGGGAAUUUGUCCAAAUGAAACUUCCACCAGGGUUUCCAGUAAAAAUUGAUAUCCCAAUCCUGCCAACAGUCUCUGCAAAGAUUACAUUCCAAGAAUUUGCUUUUCGAGAUGACAUACCUGACUCCUAUUUUGAAGUUCCCACAGGAUAUAGAGAAGAUCCUAAUAGGUUCCCUGAAUUAUGACGGUAUGAGGAUCUAAGCCUUUUGAGUGUCUCCAGUGUUGAGGAGCACCAGGAUCUACAUGGGCAAUAUUGUACUGGGCCAGAAUAUAGGGGGCCCUCCUGUUUACUGUCCCUAGUACCUUGCACCACACCUCCACCAUUACUCCCUUCUCCACAUUGCUCAGCACAUCCUGCAUCACCUGUUGCAUUGCAGGAAUGUGCAAGCCAAAGGGUAGGUGGACUUCCUCGGGAACCGUCAUUUUACACCAUCACCUCAGUUCAGUCUGGUUCUAGUCACAAUAAAGCUGAGGUAGCUGGUAAUUCAAAGACUUUUUACCUUUGGGGUUCAGAUAAGUCUGAAUUCACAAAGUCUUGGGAAAACAAGACACGAAAAGAUAAACAUGACAAUCAGUGCAACCCUAAUUUUGGAAUCCCUCCAUAUAUGUACAGUAAAGGUGAUACUGAUAUAUGUGCAACUGAUGCAACUGAAGCUUUGGAGGCACUGGAAGAAAGAUUUGACUUUGGAAAGUCAGUGGAAGUGCCACAGACAGAAUACAUUGUAGUGGACAUUCCAUUACAAAUGGGAAUGGGAAGUCCCUACUCUUCCUCAUGCUUCAUUCUUAUUGAUCGCUGAUGCUUGAAAAAAAUGUGGUUGUUACUUAUUCAUUAUCAGUUUGCUUUGUAAAAUAGGUGAAACUUCAUUUGGGAGUUUAAACUUAAAAUGACUUUCAGUAAGGUUAAAAUUUCAGUAUGAUUAAUAUAGAAUUGAAAUUUACCUUUACUGUAGGCACCGAUAAGGCUCAAAGCAACUGAUCUUUUUGAAAAACAUAUUAUAUUCAACACACAUUCUGUGGUAUAAGAUCACUAGGUGAAGAAUUGUUCAUACAUAGUAAUAUCUAGAUUAUUUUUUUCAGCAACCUGGUACAAUUGUUAAAUUGCACAGAAAUAUACUGGACUUUUAAACACCAUUUGAGUAGUAAAAGCUUCCAUAAUUCUCUAUGACCCCGAAAGAUUAUAACUCUAAUUCGUAUACGUAUAUAACAUUAUAUUUCAAACUAGCAUGAAAAUUCCUUUGCAGAAUACCGCCCUCCAAAAAAGCAGUAUAGGGUAAUAUUUUUCUUGUGGUUUUACAUUUACUGUAUUUGACAAGAGAUAUUGAAAGUUGUUAUUUUUUCAUAAUUUUUAUAAAGGAGUUUUUUCCUUAUCCUGGCCACAUUUUCAGUAGAAAAAUAAUACAAAGCUAAACAUUAAUUUAGCAUCCACAUGUCCAUUUGGACAAGUGGAUACAAUACUAACAUUUACUUAUCCAAAUCACAUUCAUUUGUUAAAUUUUCCAUUGUAUUUACGUAUAUCGUUUCUAUUACCUCAAGGAUAUAAGAUUAGAGCUCAAAGUACAUAACUUUUUAUACUCCAGCUAGGUGCCUGAUGUGAAAAUAAGUCCUAUACACAUCAUAAUUAUGUUAAAAAAUGGUCUUCAAUCUCUAAGAUGAAGAAAGAUGUAUCUAGAUAUUACUGGGGAUACAAUUUACAGCAGAAAAACUAUGCUGGCUUUGGGAGAAACUUUAGAUAACAGUAAUGUAAUUAUUUUUUUUUACUAUCUCCAAAAUAGUAGAAAACAAGUUAAGCAGCGUCACCUUAGUUCUUGUCAUAGAUUUUCUUUUACUAUUUUAUUUACAGUAAGUUCUCCAAAUACAUUUGACAAUAUUAGAAUCAGGUAGCACUCACUGUUUACCAAAUUCUAGACAUAUUGUUGCUGACACAAGCUUUUAUAAUGACAAGGCCAUGCAGUACAGAUUGACAGAUCAUGUUUUGGCUUGAAUGCCAUAAAGAAAGGAUAAUUCAAAGUUUUAAUAUGUUUGGAAAAUUUUUAUGAAAGGUGGAACAUUUAAAGAAAAAUUCAUAUUUUUAGAAUGCAGUAAGGAAACAGAGUACUUGUAUUACAUUCUCAUGAUGAUAAUAUAAACAUUAAUGAGGUCACAGUCACAAAGAUUACAUUGGGACAGACAUAUAUAGUUUGAAUGCAUUAGCUGCAACAGUAUUGUGGCACUGCUUUUAACUCUAGACCUGUGGUCCAUCAGGCAGACACGGCCAUUUUAUAUACAUUCGGGGCAGCAAAUCCUGAAUAUCGGGUUACCCUUAAAUAACCUAAUAAAUGGAUUUAUCAACCUCAAAAAGCAGCCAGUUCAUUCAGGUUACUUUUAGGUACAGUAACUGUAACGCUGCAACACAAGAGGAUUGGUAGUUCUGAUCCCUUGAAAUUGGCGAACAUGGGCAAAUCAAAUGUACAGUAUAGUCUGCAUUUAAGCAGUCAAUUGAACCUGUGGAGGUCCGCGCAAAACAAAACACGUAAACGAAAUAACAGAACAUAUGGGAUUAAUUGAAAUAGAGACUGGG